CGCUGAUUCCGCCCCGUCCCCUUCUCCCUCCCCCCUUCCUCUUCCUUCAUUCGAUGCCGCCUUCUCAAAUGCCCCGGUCGCGGUCUGCAUAAAUGGCGGAAGUUGAGAAUGGCUCUCCGAGCCAACCGGCCCAGAUUGCGGCCUCCGCGUCCCAGCCAGAUGAGAUUGACAUUAACGGGGCUGAUGCGUCAGCGCAUUCCCAAUCUCCAGACUCGCUGAACCUUGACAGUCCUGAUUUCCAAUAUGAAUCGGAGUUACAGGAUGUCAAUGCUGAUAACACGGAAAGGUCCAAUUCGUUGAACCAGGAAACGCAGCCUGCGGAAGAUUUGUUGCCCGCAGAGGAUGCUUCCAGUUCCCCCCACGACGUUGUUGUCGAACCCGCAGAGACUGAAAACGAGCCAGCUCCGGAAACAGAACCAAAAGGCGAUUCUUUGGACGGUGCAGUUGAGGUUCAAAUGGCCCAGGAUGACAAGGAAUUUCACGGGCAGCAUCACGUACCCCCUUCGAUAUCCGUAACCGAUGAACCGGAGCCAGAUACAAGAAUGCGCUCAGAUUCGAGAUCCACAGCUGCUACAUUUGCUACUCAGAGGUCGGGAAUUGUCAGCUCGACGGUAUUUAUCGUCACCGCGCUUGACACGAUCGGUUCUUCCAGAGAAGUGCGGAGAGACAAGGCGCUCGAGGCUGCCGUGAAGACCGCUCUUGCAAACGUCAAACAAUCGGAUCAGACUCCAAUCGACCCAGAAGUUAUCUUUCAUCCUCUCCACCUCGCAACCAAGAGUUUCAGCAUACCCCUGCAAGUUACUGCGCUAGAUUGUAUUGGCAAAUUGAUAACCUACUCAUAUUUUGCAUUCCCCUCACCCGGUGCUGCCGCCACCGCAGCACAGCAGACAACACAAGAACAACCACCUCUGAUCGAGCGCGCAAUUGAUGCGAUUUGCGAUUGUUUUGAGAAUGAGGCCACACCGGUGGAGAUCCAGCAGCAGAUCAUAAAGUCACUUCUCGCGGCUGUUCUAAAUGACAAGAUAGUUGUCCAUGGAGCUGGUUUAUUGAAGGCUGUCCGCCAGAUCUACAAUAUAUUCAUAUACUCUAAAUCAAGUCAGAAUCAACAAGUCGCUCAAGGAUCCCUAACGCAAAUGCUCAGCACCGUUUAUGAAAGGGUGCGCAUGAGGCUUGAAUUGAAGGAUCUGCGAUUGCGAGAGGGCGACAAGGCUCUAGGAAGCUCUUCAGACACUGCAACUGUAGAUGCAGGAGAGUCGGCUCAGUCUAACGAGCAAGAUGGCAUGUCGGAUGCACCUUCUGUAGCAACGCCUGACCAACCUGUUGCGAAGGAGCCCGUUGAAAAGCUUACACUUCAGAGUUUUGAAUCCCCGAAAGAGGAUCCUUCCGUCCAUGAGAACGCUCCGACUAUGGUCACGCGGGCCAGGACUGGCCGAGCUACUUUGCGAUCCAUUUCUGGUACUUCGGGGGAAAAGGAAGAGGGUGAGGGCCCUACUGAUGACGACGUGGACGAGAUAUACGUUAAGGAUGCCUUCUUGGUCUUUAGGGCAUUAUGCAAGCUGAGCCAUAAGGUUCUCAGCCAUGAUCAACAACAAGACAUAAAAUCUCAAAAUAUGAGAUCAAAACUGCUGUCCCUCCAUCUCAUUCAUUAUAUUAUCAAUAAUCACAUCGAGGUGUUCAUGUCUCCGCUUGCAACGAUAAAAAAUAACUCCAACAAUUCUGAUGCUACAACAACACUCCUGAAGGCUGUGCGACCACAUCUCUGUCUAAGUCUCAGCCGCAAUGGCUCAAGUUCCGUACAACGGGUCUUCGAAGUCUGCUGUGAAAUAUUCUGGGUUAUGCUCAAGAAUAUGAGAGUCAAAGAACUUGAGGUGUUCUUGAAGGAAAUCUACCUGGCGAUCCUCGAGAAGCGCAAUGCACCUGCUUUCCAGAAGCAAUAUUUCAUGGAGCUGCUAGAGAGGCUGUCGGGCGAUCCCCGUGCUUUAGUGGAGAUCUAUCUCAACUACGAUUGCGAUCGAACAGCUCUGGAGAAUAUUUAUCAGAACGUUAUUGAACAACUGUCUCGAUAUUCGAGUUCCCCAGUAGCCGUGACUCCGACUCAAGAGCAGCAAUACCAGGAGAGUCAUGUCAAGGCUUCUAGUAUUGGUUCCGAAUGGCACCAACGUGGCACUCUUCCUCCUUCGCUCUCGUCCGCAAGCAUUUUGAGUCCCCCACACCCUAAUGCUCAGCAAAUCCCUCCAGAAUACGUAUUGAAACACCAGGCUCUCGAGUCCUUAGUGAGCCUUCUACGCUCGUUGGAUAAUUGGGGAUCACAAGGCCUAAUGGACCAUAGUGAUCCCUCUUCCAAAGCGUCCAUUCAAAAGUCAUUCGAUAAUCCUAGGGAGUCGAUUGAUACGAGCAUUUUACCCUCACCAAAGGCUGAAGGUGUUGAGGGCGGAAUUGUGGCCGAAGAUGACCCGAGCCAGAUAGAGAAAGUGAAGCAAAAGAAAAUUGCGUUGAUGAAUGCAAUCCAACAGUUCAACUUCAAGCCUAAGCGAGGAGUCAAGCUUCUUAUUCAGGAGGGUUUUAUACGAUCUAGUUCUCCGGAGGACAUUGCUGCAUUCUUGAUACGCAACGAUCGUCUAGACAAAGCCAUGAUAGGAGAAUAUCUUGGGGAAGGUGAUACAGAAAACAUUGCAAUCAUGCAUGCAUUUGUGGAUUUGAUGGACUUCUCGAAACGACGCUUUGUCGAUGCUCUGCGCCAGUUCCUGCAGCAUUUCCGGUUGCCCGGAGAGGCUCAGAAAAUCGAUCGUUUCAUGCUCAAAUUUGCAGAACGCUACGUAACCCAGAACCCUAAUGCCUUUGCUAACGCAGACACGGCGUACGUCCUUGCUUAUUCAGUCAUCAUGCUCAAUACAGAUCAGCAUAGCUCCAAACUCAAGGGACGCCGUAUGACCAAGGAGGAUUUCAUAAAAAACAAUAGAGGAAUUAACGACAAUCAGGACUUGCCCGAUGAGUAUCUUGGUUCUAUCUUUGAAGAGAUUGCAACCAACGAGAUUGUCCUCAAUACUGAAAGGGAGCAUGCUGCAAAUGUUGGUCUCCCUACGUCUCCUCCUGCUGGCUUAGCAUCCCGGGCUGGGCAAGUCUUUGCGACUGUGGGAAGGGAUAUCCAAGGUGAAAGAUAUGCACAGGCUUCUGAAGAGAUGGCGAACAAGACCGAGCAACUCUACCGGAGCUUGAUCCGGGCGCAAAGGAAAGCGGCUGUCAGAGAGGCUCUUUCUCGGUUUAUUCCUGCAACAUCCGCAUUACACGCUGGCUCAAUGUUCAACGUUACCUGGAUGUCCUUCCUUUCUGGCCUGUCUGCCCCCGUUCGAGACACACAGAAUCUAGAGACUAUCAGGCUCUGCAUGGACGGUGUCAAGUUGGCGAUCCGCAUCAGUUGCGCAUUCGAUUUGGAAACCCCUCGAAUUGCGUUCGUGACUGCCUUGGCCAAGUUUACGAAUUUAGGAAACGUGAGUGAGAUGGUGCCAAAGAAUGUUGAAGCGUUGAAAGCAAUCCUGGAUGUAGCUCUCUUAGAGGGGAACCAUCUCAAAAGUUCCUGGAGGGAUAUUCUCACCUGCGUUAGCCAACUUGACAGACUUCAACUAUUGAGUGAUGGUGUGGAUGAAGGUACAUUGCCGGAUGUCUCAAGGGCGCGCAUCCUGCCCCAGCCAAACCCAGAGCAUCGCAAAUCCAUGCAAUCGACAAGGCGCCCUCGCCCUCGGUCGAUCCAUGCGGCCCCGAGUUUCCGCGUGGAGAUCGCGAUGGAAAGCCGGUCAGCAGAAAUGGUUCGAGGAGUUGACAGGAUCUUCACAAACACCGCAAAUCUCUCACAUGAAGCCAUAGUCGAUUUUGUUCGAGCACUUAGCGAGGUGAGCUGGCAGGAGAUCCAGUCCUCCGGAGAAAGCUCUUCUCCCAGGAUGUACAGCUUGCAGAAAGUUGUAGAGAUAAGCUACUACAACAUGACAAGAGUUAGGAUAGAGUGGUCGAAGAUUUGGGAAAUCCUUGGGCAGCACUUCAACCAAGUUGGCUGUCACUAUAACACAACAGUCGUCUUCUUCGCAUUGGACUCGCUUCGGCAACUCUCGAUGCGUUUUAUGGAGAUUGAGGAGCUUCCGGGAUUUAAGUUCCAAAAAGAUUUUCUCAAGCCGUUCGAGCAUAUCAUGGCGAAUAGUAACUCUGUGGCUGUGAAGGAUAUGAUUCUUCGGUGUCUUAUCCAAAUGAUCCAAGCACGCGGGGACAACAUUCGUUCGGGCUGGAAGACGAUGUUUGGUGUCUUCACGGUUGCUGCUCGAGAGCCUUAUGAGAGUAUUGUCAAUAUGGCUUUUGAACAUGUGACACAAAUCUACAACACUCGUUUUGGGGUUGUGAUAACCCAAGGAGCUUUUGCCGAUCUCAUCGUUUGCCUCACAGAGUUUUCUAAGAACAUUAGAUUCCAGAAGAAAUCACUGCAAGCCAUUGAGACACUAAAAUCGACUGUUACGAAGAUGCUCAAGACUCCUGAAUGCCCGCUCUCCCAUCGUCAUGCCGGCACUACUGAGGAGACUCCAUCUAAUCUUUCCAAUCAACUCAGCAGACAAUCUAAAGAGGAGCAAUUUUGGUACCCUGUUUUAAUUGCAUUCCAGGAUGUGCUUAUGACGGGUGAUGACCUUGAAGUUCGGUCACGGGCGCUUACCUAUCUUUUCGAAACAAUGAUUCGCUAUGGAGGUGACUUUCCUCCUGGAUUUUGGGAUGUUCUCUGGAGGCAACUUCUCUAUCCUAUCUUCGUGGUAUUACAGUCGAAGUCAGAAAUGUCCAAAGUACCCAAUCAUGAGGAGCUCUCUGUGUGGUUGUCAACGACGAUGAUACAGGCCUUGAGGAACAUGAUUACCCUCUUCACGCAUUACUUCAGCUCUCUUGAAUACAUGCUUGAUCGGUUCCUCGAACUUUUGACUUUGUGCAUUUGCCAGGAGAACGAUACUAUUGCUCGAAUUGGUAGCAACUGUCUGCAGCAGCUGAUACUUCAAAACGUUAUGAAAUUCAGGCAGGAGCAUUGGGAUAAGAUUGUGGGUGCCUUCGUCGAGCUCUUCUCCAGGACCACCGCAUACGAGCUAUUCACGGCUGCAGCUACCAUAUCCCCGAAGCAAGCGGGGACAAAAUCUUCUAAUGGAAAGGCAGCCAAGAAGAACAUUGCUGCUGAAGAAAGCAAGAAUGCUAUGGACUCUUCCAAGUCUAAUGGAUCGCAAAGUUUGACAUCCGAGCAUGAAGACGGAGAUGUGCCAGCCGCCCCUGCUGAACAACCUGCAACUUCGAACCCAGACCUGGAAGAUUAUCGGCCUCAGGCAGAUAUGCAACAGCCCCCAGCUGCAGUGACCGUGGCGCGACGCCGUUUUUUCAACCGUAUUAUCACCAAUUGCGUCCUCCAGUUGCUCAUGAUUGAGACAGUCCAUGAGCUCUUCUCGAACGAAAAUGUCUAUGCACAGAUUCCAAGUCACGAGCUCCUGCGGCUAAUGGGGCUUUUAAAGAAGAGUUAUCAGUUUGCGAAGAAAUUCAAUGAGGACAAGGAACUGCGGAUGCAGCUUUGGCGCCAGGGCUUUAUGAAGCAGCCGCCCAACCUGCUCAAGCAAGAAAGUGGCAGUGCGGCUACAUACGUCCACAUUCUCUUCCGCAUGUAUCAUGACGAGAGAGAUGAGAGGAAGAAUAGCCGGGCAGAGACUGAGGCUGCUCUUAUUCCUCUUUGUGCGGAUAUCAUUCGGAGCUUUAUUCGGCUCGACGAAGAUACACAACAUCGAAACAUCGUCGCCUGGCGACCUGUAGUUGUCGACGUAAUCGAAGGUUACACGAACUUCCCUCCCGAGGGAUUCGAUAAAUAUGUCGAGACAUUCUACACGCUUGGAGUGGAUCUCCUGGGCCGCGAUCUCAGUCCUGAUAUCCGCCUUGCGCUUCGGUCCCUGCUCCGGAGAGUCGGCAGAACAAGACUAGGCGUGCAGGCGCCUUCAGAAGCAUCCGGCAGCCGAAGAAGCUCUGUUGUCUCCGAGCAAUUCGUUGACGGAUCCAACAGUGACAAUCGAAGCCGUUGA